AUGUCGACGGGGCCGUCGCCGUCGUCAGACACGAACCUCGCUCCUUCACCCGCAAGUAAUGGUCACACCCAUAACCAUAGCCAUAGUCACAGCCGCGGUCACGCUCGCUCUCGUUAUGCACAACCACCGCCGCCACCCCUCCCCCUCUCCCUCGGCGCCAAUGUGAAUGGGUUCCAAGUGCCAGAGACUACAAAUGUCGCAGGAAGAGUUCAUUCUCAUGGACACGCCUCUCAAAGUUCAGUGUCUUCUCAUCAUCAGCACUCACAUUCCCUCUCGGUAUCCCACGAUCAUCAGGGCCAUAACCAUGCGCAUACCCAUACCCAUAACCAUAGCGUGGCUUCGAUCCAUGACUUGUCGUCGCAUUCGCACAAUCUAAAGUCGGCGUCAGAGAUGCACGCAGAGACAAGCUCGGAGAAAUUCUAUGAAAUCUUUGCCGGUUCCCUGAUCGCGUUGCCCUGGAUCGCACUCUCUUGGUAUCCCCACAAAUGCGCAGAUGCGUGCCAUGCACCAAGUGCCACAGGAAAUGCCACUCCUCCAUUUGGAGGAAUUGGACAUGCUGGGCAAACGGCGGGUGUUUUGACCGCAUUCACACUCUUAGCAUUUGGAAGUGGACAAAUUCUGCGUAAGCGCCAAGCUGGAAGCUCGAUUACCCCGAUCAAGUUCCCCACGCCCAAUACAAAGACCGCCCAGGCUGCAUUUAUACAGGUGUUCUCAAUCGGACUUCCGAUUUACGCAUCAUUGAAAGUGGGGGGCUUUCUGGUUGCUUUUGCUUUGCUUCUUUCAACAGCCUCCGGAGUCCCGAACCUGGUGCAAGCCGAUUUACGUGGAGCAAGCUCGGAGAAAUAUAGCCGAAAGGGCUUGACUAUUGCUCUGCUGGUCAGUGUGAUGAUUUUGAGCUUUUUUGGCUUGAAUCAGCCCUCGGACUCUUCUCCUUUCAUGGGGUAUGUAGCGCUAGUGACCUCUGUCUUUGUGCUUUCCCCGCCUCUUCCCUCUCUUCGCCAUCAAGGACCUAUUCCAGAGCCAGGCCUAGUUGCAGAAUCGAUUUCCAAAGCCAAGUCGGCAGGCGAUCGUUCGGCGGGCGUACUAGUGACGACCGAUGCUCCUCUUGCCCUGGUUUCGGGUGUUUUCCUUCUUGUUCUCGGACUUAUCGUUUCCCGAGGGCUACCUUUUUCAUUAUCAGACCUGUUCUACAUUUUAAUUCCUGCUGGUCUCUUGGCAAUAUCUUUGGGGGUUUCAUUUCCAACUGGCCUCCGUUCUCCUGAUAAGUAUGGACUAGCCAUCUGUACUGGAGCCGCAGCUCUUCUCUGCUCCCCUCACAUCCAGGAUGAGAUUUUGCCUGUCUACGGUGCCCGUUGCAUCUUGGCUGUUGUAUCUUUCUUCGCUUCACGGAUUGACGACAGCCGACUCCGCGUGGAUGCUCAUUCGCACAAUCACAACCACGGUCAUCAAACCCACAGUCAUUCCAACACCCCUGAGUCUACUACUCGUAUCACCAAAUGGGUCAUUCGUCGCAGUGAGCCAUAUCCUUUGCUUUACAGCAUCGUAAAAGAGAAGGAUUCCCGCAGCAUUUUCUACUUUAUGUGCUUAAAUUUCUCAUUUAUGCUUGUCCAGCUAUCAUAUGGCUUUUUGACUGGAUCUCUGGGUCUUCUCAGUGAUAGUAUCCACAUGUUUUUCGACUGCCUUGCCCUGGUUGUUGGACUUUGUGCUGCGGUCAUGAGCAAAUGGCCCCCCAAUGCUCGCUUUCCAUAUGGCUACGGAAAAGUCGAUACUUUGUCUGGCUUUGCCAAUGGAAUUUUCCUCAUGAUUAUCAGCGUGGAAAUCAUUUAUGAGGCCGUAGAACGGUUGUCAUCCGGUAGUGAAAUGCACCGUAUUGGCGAAUUGUUGGCAGUAAGCUUUGCUGGCUUGCUGGUCAACUUGGUCGGAAUUUUUAGCUUUGAACAUGGCCAUCACCACCACGGUCAUGAUCAUGGGCACGACCACUCCCAUGGUAAUGAGAACAUGCAUGGUAUCUUUCUACACAUCCUUGCUGAUACGCUUGGCUCUGUGGCUGUGGUUAUUUCCACCAUCCUUGUACAUUACUCGGGUUGGGCAGGGUAUGAUCCUCUAGCUUCGUGCUUCAUUGCUAUCUUGAUCUUUGCUUCGGCUGUGCCGCUAGUCAUUAGUACAGCCAAAACCUUGCUUUUGGCUUUACCAGCCGACACAGAGUACAAUGUUCGUGAAACUCUGGCGGGGGUCAGCACCUUACGGGGAGUUGUUGGGUAUACUGUGCCUAAGUUCUGGCUUGAUGAUACAGGUUCAAGCGAACCCGGACACUCCCAUGAUCACACCGACCAUACUACUACCCACCACAAGCAUGAUCACAGUGAACAUGCCCACCAACACGACAGUCAUGGGCAUGAUCAGUGUCACGAUCACGAUCAUGGCCACGACAAUCAUAACCAUGACCAUGACCAUGAUCAUGAUCAUGAACAUAAAGCUCAAAAGGUUUUCGGUGUCAUUCAUGUCAUUGCAUCCCGCGGUUCGGACCUUGAAGAUGUUCGACAGAGGACAGUGACCUAUCUCAAGGAUAAGAAUGUAGAUAUUGUGGUCCAGGUGGAGCGGGAUGGAGAAGGCCGUUGUUGGUGCGGUGGAGGGAACAAGGGUCUUUAG